AUGGCAAGGAAAAAUGCACCUGAUCCUAAAGUGGCUGCAGAUUUAGCUGGAUAUGAAAGAUUGAAUAAGAGUUCUGCAUCAGUUGGAGUAGACAGAUUUAGCAAAAGCUAUUCCCUAAUUGAAGAUCUUAACAGGACCUCUACAUCAAUUGGAGAAAGUUAUGCAAAGCCUAAACAAAAGCCAAAGAGCGACGUCAAGAAAUAUAGCAAAGUGAAAACGAUGCUGGUUUAUGGCCAAUCUGCAGUUAUUCUUUUGCUUUUCCUCGCUGCGUUGUAUUUGCAAUAUAAAAUUUCGUUCCUAAAAAAGACUAGCCAUGCUAAUAAUCCUUAA